GUGAAAUAAGAAGACUUACAUCAAAAACAUUAAGUCUAGCUUCCUGUUUGCCCUAAAAUAGGAAAGAGAAAACAAUGGUAUUCUCCCUCUUGUGAGCUCUUUGUGACCCGCAUGGGGGUCAGUGAGUGGAAGACCAAGGCGGAGGAGGAGUGAACAGAUUUGCAGGAUUGCUCUGAAGAGUCCAGCAGCAGUAUGAGUGAUGAUGUACUGCUAUUGGGGCAGGAACCCUCCGAGGUGAAUGGGUUACCUCGGUCAUGGAAGAUUAUCCUAAGUAUAAUAUUUACAACAUCUUUUCUUCUUGUUGGACUUCAAAAUCAUCAGUGGCUUAAAGAAAGAGAGUUUCCUCAAACAUUCAGAGAAUUAUAUGCCAUAAUUGCAGAAUAUGGUUCACGGCUGUCUAAUUACCAGGCCAGACUUCGCAUGCCUAAGGAGCAACUGGAGCUUUUAAAGAAGGAAAGUCAGACUUUGGAGAACAAUUUUCGUGAAAUUCUGAUUUUAAUUGAACAAAUAGAUGUUCUGAAGGCAUUACUUAGAGACAUGAAGGAUGGCAUGUACAAUCACAGUUGGCCAGCUCACCGAGAUGCUGAGCAGGACCAGAACAGCACUGGGGUUCUGGACGAGGAGAUGUCAAACUUGGUGCAUUAUGUACUUAAAAAGUUGAGAGGAGACCAAGUGCAGAUGGCUGAUUAUGCCUUGAAGUCAGCAGGAGCCUCCAUCAUUGAAGCUGGGACCUCAGAAAGUUACAAAAAUAAUAAAGCAAAACUACACUGUUAUGGACUCAGGUUCUUAAAUUACGAGAUGCCUCCAGACAUCAUUCUUCAGCCAGAUGUCCACCCUGGAAAAUGCUGGGCCUUUCCAGGUUCCCAGGGUCAUAUCCUAAUCAAGCUAGCCAGGAAAAUCAUACCAACAGCUGUCACCAUGGAGCACAUCUCGGAGAAGGUGUCGCCCUCAGGAAACACCUCCAGUGCACCCAAGGAGUUCUCUGUCUAUGGCAUCAUGAAAAAAUGUGAAGGAGAAGAAAUAUUCCUAGGUCAGUUUACAUACAACAAAACAGAAACAACCAUUCAAACCUUUGAACUCCAGAAAGAAGUUUCUGACUCUUUGUUAUGUGUGAAACUUAAAAUCCUUAGCAACUGGGGACAUCCAAAGUAUACUUGUUUGUACCGAUUCAGGGUCCAUGGCACCCCCAAUGAUCACACCUAAGAAGAGCUGGAACGGAAAGCCGCGAUCAUUCAGCCACGUCCAAGGAUGCUUAUUCCCUCACAUUAGAUUGCACCCCUAAGAAUCAAAGAUUGGGAGUGGGAGGGAAACAUCAAGCUCACUCCUACUAGCUGGUAAAAAGUGAAUGAAUUUUACUAAUAAAA